AGUACAUCAUCAUGGACAUUACGUCUCUAUUUAAAGCAUCCGUAAAAACGGUACGCCUUAAGCUGCCACCUCACAGCAUCCCCCAGCUGGACAAGAACCGGAUAUUGCAGAAAAAGAAAGCCACACCGGAGGUAUGGGGAAAGGCCAAAACGCUCAAACAGCAGGUAACGUUGCUGCGCAACUUUCUGCUAGAGAAUCGGGUGGCCUACAUGCAGCUGGCGGAGCAUCUGAAAAAUUCCGCUCCCCAAAUGACGAACGAUGAACGGGAUCUGAUUGAUCGUGAAACGGAAAAGACACUAGCCGAUGCGGCAAUGCUAAUAGCGAGCUUAAGGCACGAAUGCAACGCACUGCAAACGGACCGACAGGUGAAGGAAUUUUUAGCCCUCGUGAUCGAUAGUCUGUACGAGUAUGCGAACGGAAUACGCAAAAUCGCACAGGAACAGAAACAGUUCCGCCAUCGGCGCCAGCUAGAAACGUUACAGUACAUUAAGCUGCAGCCGAAAAUGAAAACCGACCCGUACACAAAGCCACUGCUGGAUGUUGUGCCACAGGAAAAAGAAUCACGUACACGGGUGGAAAGUGGGGACGGUUCGCGUAGUGCCGCUGCCGACAAAUCGAUGUCCCAAACGGUGGAAGACAUGCAGGACAGCAGCAUGUACGAGGAGUACGAAAACAAUGACCUUAGCCCGGAAGAUAUACAGAUGUUCGAGUCGGAAAACGUGCAGCUGUACAACGAACUGAAAGGGCUCUCGGAGGAGGUAGAACAAAUUCAGCGCAAUGUGGCCGAUAUCACACAGUUGCAAGAUAUCUUCACCGAGAAGGUAACGCUACAAAACACCGAUAUCGAUCGAAUCGCGACGAAUGUUAUAGGCACGACGGAAAACAUGAAGGACGCGAACGAGCAGAUAAAGCAAGCGAUACAGCGCAAUGCUGGGCUGCGCGUUUGGGUAAUGUUCUUUUUUAUUGUGAUGUCAUUUACGUUACUUUUCCUGGAUUGGUAUAAUGAAUAAAAUG